CGGAGCUGUGUGGAGGAGGAGAGAGGGGUUGUGGAGCACCGGGUGUUUUACGGUACUGAUCUGUAUAAAGAGUCGUUAAACUCUGCAGAAUUCUAUACUACAGGAGUACAGUAGAUGAUAAAGAACACGUAGAGAGGGUUCAGUACGGUACCCAGAUUUAGGGGUGAGUUUUGGAUCCCGGUCACUCCCGCUUUACUCUCCUGAAACCAGGAAACAGUUCCGCCCUGAAGGAGCUUCAUGAGGAAGUGCUCAUUCACUACAACACCGCUGCUCUACUACAGCUCUACAGCUGCUCUACUGCUGCUCUACUACAGAUCUACAGCUGCUCUACUACAGAUCUACUGCUGCUCUACUGCUUUUACACUCUGGCUUUGUUUACUCAUUUGGUUUUGUGGGAUUGUGGAGCGACACAGAGCGACUGAAUCAUGAGUGAGUCGAGCGUGUGUAAUGCCAGGGCGACGGUGAUGGUGUACGAUGAAGCUGGUAAGCGGUGGGUGCCGGCCGGCACGGGUCCUCAGAACUUCAGCAGAGUUCAGAUCUACCACAACCCCACCAACAACAGCUUCAGGGUGGUGGGACGCAAGAUGCAGGCUGACCAGCAGGUGGUGAUGAACUGUGUGAUCAUGAAAGGACUGAAGUAUAAUCAGGCCACAGCCACCUUCCAUCAGUGGAGAGAUACGCGGCAGGUAUGGGGACUAAAUUUCGGCAGUAAGGAAGACGCUACGCUAUUUGCUAGUGGGAUGUUGAAUGCUCUGGAGGUUCUGAACAAUGAACCAGGUUACUCGCCUGUCUCUCGUUCGAUGUCUAACGGACAAGAGGAGCUGGAACACCAGAGAAGAUUGGAACAGCUAGAGAGAGAGAGACAGGAGAGAGAACAAAUGGAGAGAGAACGAAUGGAGAGAGAACGAAUGGAGAGAGAACGAAUGGAGAGAGAACGAAUGGAGAGAGAACUAAUGGAGAGAGAGCGAAUGGAGAGAGAGCGAAUGGAGAGAGAGAGACAGGCAGUGGUUUUACCUCCUGCCCCCCCUCUCGCCCCUGGUGGCCCUCCUGCACCCCCUGGUCCCCCUCCUCCUCCAGGCCCCCCACCUGCUGGCCCCCCUCCACCUCCGGGACCGCCUCCAUCUGGUGGAGGUGGAGCUCCACCCCCACCCCCGCCCCUUCCCUCUUCCCCAGGUGGUGAUGGAGGAGGGGUCACAGGGGGCGGAGGACUUGCUGCUGCACUCGCCGGAGCAAAACUGCGCAAAGUGGCCAAACAAGAACAAAGCGGUACUGCAGCUCCUGCCCCUGCUGCCGCACCCACUCCGGCUAAACCAGACCUGAGCCGUACCAGUGGAUCAGGGCCCAGUGGAGGGGGCGGAGGCCUGAUGGGUGAAAUGAGCGCCAUACUCGCCCGACGGAGGAAAGCAGCAGAUAAGGGGGAAAAAGCUCCUCCAGCGCCAAAAGUAGAAGAACCCAGUAAUGAUGAUUCUGAAUCUCAAAACCAAAGUGAUACGUUGAGGAGACCAUGGGAGAAAACGUUACCCAGGAAUAAUUCUACUACCCGCGGCCUGGAUUCACCUUCCACCACUGCUCUCACACCCAGAUUGAAAACUGCUGCACCAUCAAACGAGACUGAAAGCGGAGAGGAAUCUGAACUGGAGAGAAUCAAACAGGAGCUGUUAGAGGAAAUGAGAAAGGAGCUGCAGAAAGUUAAGGAUGAAAUUAUUGCAGCCGUCGUUCAGGAACUACAGAGGAGAAGCACAUAGUUAAAUACACACACUCUCUAAUAUACACCUACACACACACACACUCUGAUAUACACGUUACACACACACACACUGAUUCACAGUAGAUGAUGCAGGGACUUUGUUAAUUCAACUUGAUUUUACAUUUAAUCAUUUUUAUUUUCUUCAUUAUUUCAUCAUCAUCGCAUUAAGUCCCACACACUCACUCAUACACACGCUCACACACACUCACACACACAGUUUAUGUAUUUGAAUAGUGCAGCCAAUCAUAAUGCUGCAUUUUCUUCUCACUUUCUUCACUGUCCACUCAUGGCCCAGUGAUUCAGAAACUCUGUAUUAUACUACAUCUCAGUGUGAUUCCCACCCUGACCCAAAAUUUAACGGUGCACUACAGAAGUGUGUGAUUUGAGACAAAACCCAAGUUCAUCAUCAUUAGAUGUACCAGUUUUAAUUUUAGUAUUAUUUGUUAUUCAUGGUUGUACAAUUUACGAUCGGUUAAACCAGACGUUAUUCUGCAUCUGCACCACAGUAACAGUGUGUGGCAGGAGUGUUUCUUUUUACUAGUCGUUUCUCGUUGCUGUUUUUUUUAGUAUAUCAUGCUACGUUUAAUCAGUGCAACCUCAGUGUCUGACAGCUCAGGCAAAUAAAUUUAUUGAUUGACGUUUAAUUAUUUCAAACUAUGCAACAAACACCAUCUGAUUCACGUAUUUAGUCACAAUGAAUGAGUUGAACAGUAAAAUCAGUCAAAUCGGAUCAGAAUUGCUGAGUGAAUGUUUGUAAUCCAUUUAAUCGCGUCCAUAAUGAAUCAUGCCAUUCACACACACUCAGGACUAAUUGAUUAAAUUCUACACUAAACACUGUGCAGAGUUUCAACAGCUCGUCUUCCCAAGUUUUUAAUUAAUCAGUUAUCAAUAUUGGCUUUGUUGAGACCAAAAACUGUUUUUGAUACGAGUGUGAGUUUAUAUAUAAUAUAUAAUUUGUGAUACUUUGUUUAUCUGCUAAUUGGUGAAGGGAUUGUGAUUAUAUUGUUUGUCAUUUAGAAUUCUGUAAUAGUUUAUAAUCAACAAUUUUAUAUGCUGAAACACACUGGAGCUGAUGCAUUUAUACUGAAUUAAAGCUGCUGCAACACCCCCACGACUUUGUUUUAUUUAUAAUGAAGGUGAAUGAUG